AUGGGGUUCAAAAUCCAGGCCUUGUUAAACAUUUUUGUAGUCUUUAUUGUUUAUGCAAAAUCAGAAUUACUUCAAAACAUUAGUUAUUUUAACGGGGAGUUAGCGAACGGAUGCAACUUGUUUCGUGGAGAAUGGGUGUACAAUCCUUCUACGAACCCUUUAUACGACUCGAGUUGCCCGUUUAUUGAUUCCGAAUUCGACUGCCUAAAGUUUGGCCGUCCGGACAAACAAUACCUCAAGUACUCGUGGAAACCCGAUUCUUGCAACUUGCCGAGAUUUGAUGGUGUUGACUUUUUGAGGAGAUGGAAGGGGAAGAAAAUAAUGUUUGUGGGUGACUCACUGAGUUUGAAUCAGUGGAACUCGUUGGUUUGCAUGCUACAUGCUGCAGAUCCAAAGGGGAGGUAUUCCUUUGUUAGGAAAAGCCCUGUUUCUUAUGUUACAUUCCAGGAUUAUGGAGUGACGAUCUUUCUCUACACAAGCCACUACUUAGUCGACGUAGUUCGAGAACCGAAAGGCCGAGUCCUCAAACUAGACUCCAUCGAACAAGGCAAUGCUUGGAGAGGGAUGGACAUGUUGAUUUUCAACACGUGGCAUUGGUGGUCCCACACCGGAGCUAAAGCUCAAGGUUGGGACUAUGUGCAAUACGGUUCGACAAUAGCCAAAGACAUGAACCGAAUCGAGGCGUUUUUGAAAGCCUUAACCACUUGGGGUGGUUGGGUUAACCAAAAUGUAAACCCUUCCAAAACCAAAGUCUUCUUCCAAGGGAUCUCUCCUACUCACUACCAGGGUGAAGAAUGGGGGUCAAAAAACAACUGCAUGGGUGAACAACAGCCAAUCAAUGGAGGCAGAUAUCCACAACAUAGACCAAUAGCAGCAGAUGUUGUAAGCAAAGUUUUGUUUGGUUUAAGGAAACCAGUUUAUCUACUUGAUAUUACAUCUCUCUCUCAGCUAAGGAAAGAUGCUCACCCAACUAAGUAUAGUCCAGACCACAGUGGAUUGGAUUGCAGCCAUUGGUGUAUUCCUGGCUUGCCUGACACGUGGAACCAGCUUCUGUAUGCUGCUCUUAUUUGA